CAGUGGGCGGGAGCAGCUGAGCUAGGGGAGGUGGUGUUAUACAGCUAGCAGUGCAUGCAGUCUAUGAUUCGCUGGAGAGUGUAUCGGGUCGGAGGCAGGAUGCGUACAGUAACCAAGAUGCAGAUAAUGGCCGCCGUUCUAGUGGGCUUUUUCCUCGGCUACGUUCUCCUACCGUCCACCAUUAGCUUCAGCACGGACGAGGCCGGCCAGGGAGACCCCGUAGGUAAAGGUUUCUACAACGCGAAGCCUAGGGCGGCAGCAAUCCAGAUUUCGCCCGACGGCAGGGAAUUUAUUGUGGAAGGCAGAGCCAAGAGAAUUCUGAGCGGGGCCAUCCACUACUUUAGAGUGGUGCCCGACUAUUGGGAUGACCGCCUGAGGAAACUGAGGGCCUCGGGACUCAACACCGUGGAAACGUAUGUGCCCUGGAAUGCCACGAGCCAGUUCUGGUGUGUUUGACUUCACUGGGAUCCUGGAUGUGGCAGAGUUCAUAAAGACAGCUCAGCACCUGGGGCUACACGUCAUUGUCCGACCGGGGCCCUACAUCUGUGCCGAGUGGGAAAUGGGAGGCCUCCCUGCGUUAGUGUUCUUUUAUUGCUGUGAUGAUGUAGAGAUGUUGUCGUGGAGUUUGGCAGAGCCACGCCCACGAGUACAAUGCAUGUGUUUUACUCCACCU